AGCUAGUUAGAUCCCAACCCUUGGGAGUAAGUAAAGCUAAAGGUGUUUAACGCCGUAUAAGUGGUUAGGCUUUUGGUACAUUAACCAGGCUCGUGAGGGCUGUAAUGAAGGAUAAAACCGAUAUUACGGCAAAUGCAAAUGAAUAUCUAAAGGGAAACGUGCUUUACUUUCACAUAAAUCUACUCUCGACUCUUAAGGUCUAAGCCAAUGCUAACCGGCGUAACUCAUAGCGGUGCAUCAUGGGAAACAAAAUGUCCACAGAGAAUGCUAACUAAUGCUAAUUUAAAGAUAACUGUCAAAAAAUAUCUAUACAUUUCCCCCUUUUGAGUGGGUGUACUGUCGGCAUAUUGGUGAUUAUAUUACCUGGAAGCUACUUGCGCUAUGUCUUCGAGGGGCGAGACCAGAGUCUCCAGCUCUAGUUCGAGAACAGAUGAAACGAGGAGAUCACGGAGCAGCGGACUAGAAAAAAGGAAGCGAAAACGCAGCCGAAGUAGAUCUUCCUCGUCUUCCUCUUCCUCCGCUUCAUCUUCGUCAUCAUCAUCUUCCUCCUCGUCUUCGUCAGGAUCAUCACACUCAUCCAGCUGCAGUCGGAGUAGCUCCAGUAGUAGUGACUCACGCAGUAAAUCCAGAAAACAGUCUAAGAAAAGGAAAAAGGAGAAACAGCAGAAAAAAAAAGGGAAGAAAGAGAAGCGACAUAAACGUAAAAAGGACAAGAAAUCCAAAGGAGGAGAAGACAAUGCAGGACCUGUACAGAUCUCCAAAUACUUGAAGGACAGGGAUAAAGGCAAGUACAGCAUGAUUUCAGGGAAAAAAAUAAAGAUGAAAGUAAAGAAGUCAAAGAAAGACAAACAGCGGGAUAAAAAUCGAGCAGAACUUCUUGAGUUCCUAAACUCUACCCUGUGAUGUCACUGUGGCUGCCGUUAGUAAUGCUGAGUCUCAGACACAUCAGCAGAACUCAGGAAACAACUGCUUAGCCGAAGACAAUUUGCAUUGGCAUGGAAAAGGCAGCAAAAUGGAUGGAGUGACGUCCUGGCAGCAAAGUCAGAUGGGUUUUGACCACCAGCUACAUUUUUACAGCGCUACUGUCAAGCUCUGUGAUAUAGAAAACGAUAACCAUCAUAUGAAAUGUGCUGAGUGGUUAAAGCAAAAGAAAAGUGGAGGAACUGUAGCAAACUUACUCAAAUGUGCUCGUGGUUUGAAUGUGUGUAAAUGUUAAAUAGUUCUUUUAACAUAGUCACACUCAAAAAUGACAGUCCUGCCUACAUCACCACCUUCACCAGCCGUUCGUGUUUUUUACCCACUGGUCAUGUCAAACAUAUUUCAUGUAGGACAGUGUGUAUGAUUUUUUUUUUAGAAUCCCCUACUUUCAACAGUAAAAUCUUAUUAUGGGAACCACAGUGUUAUCACACUGAUACUGAAGUUCUUAAUAUGUAAAUUUGCCUAAAAUAACAAAUCAACUGUUGUUAGUUCAUGGUUUGUUCCUUUUAUUCUCAAAAUCCUUGCACCUCUUUUCCAACUUUUUUUAAAUUGCUGUAUCAGCCAUCAGUAAAUUGAAACAAAAUAUAAUCAGUUCCCUAAACAUGAUAAACAUGGUUAAAGUAAACCUGUUGUGUAUGUUUGAAUUUUACUGUGCAAGAAACAGAAAACAGCAAUAAACUGCUGAAAGGAU